CAAAAAGAAAAUGUAAAAAAAUGGACGAACUACAUCUAUCCGAAACGUUCCAACGUUAUUUUUCCGAUAUUUUCCUGUGCUGCGACGAAGAUAAGUCUGGAAAAGCCACCCUGCAACGCACCACCGAUCUAAUCAAAUCGGGAAACAUUCCAGAAGACGUCAUAGUACAGAUUGGCGAACUAUGUUGGACUCCCAAUACAGGCUAUUUGAAUAAGAAACAAUUUUUCUCCGCCCUAAAACUAGUGGCAGCCUACCAGGCAAACAUCCCUAUUAAAAACGAUUUACUAACCACCAAGCUGGAUUUACCGUUGCCCAAAUUCACUUGGGGCCCGUUAGACUCAGAAUCUCCCGUUCCUGAUCUCAUUGAGCUUAGAAACGAUUUAGAGUAUAACAGCGAUUCGAUGGGGACGGAUUCUGAGGCCGAUAGCGAGACUGUUAAAUGUUCUCCGGAUGUUUCCAGUCCAGCUUCGGACAGUCCUACUCCGACUAAUAGUGUGCAGGAUCGGAAUUGGGCUUGGCAAGGGUUGGUGUCUGAGGAACAAAGACAACUUUUGGAAGAAGAAUCAUCUGAUAAGCACAGCAGCGAAGACGACACAGAAAUCUCAAACGAAGUAUGGAUAAUGACCCAAGAACAAAAAGACUACUACACAAAACAAUUCAAAACUUUGCAAGAAAACACCAAAGCCCUCAUAGCAGGCCCAGUAGCCCGUAUAUUUUUCGAAAAAUCCCAAUUACCCGUACAAGAGCUGCGCAAAAUAUGGCAACUGUCAGACAUAACCAGAGAUGGCGCCUUGUCCUUGCAAGAAUUCUUCACCGCCAUGCACUUAGUAGUGCUCCGAAAACAUAAAAUCCCAAUCCCAGACGUAUUACCAGCAAGUUUGGUACCCCGAAACGAGACCCCACCAAACCCUUUGCACCCCAAAGAAGUUGUCAAAGAAUGGACAAAAUUCGUCGACAGUCCUACUGGCUCUACGAUGUCCUCACCUGGAAUCAAACCAGUAAACUUCGACUUUCAAAUCGACCAAAACGAUCCAGAUUUGAGACAUCCAGUAGCUAGAAGGCUGACGCCAGAAAUGCUGGCCAACAAUGAUGAGGUUAGCGAUGCCAAAUUGAGUGCCAUUCAAAGGCCUCAGCCCAAGAAAAUUAAUGCUAGGGGUUUGGGGGCGAUACCGCCACCUCCGGAAGAAGGGGGGCCUGUUAGUUUGCCUGUUUUCGCGAAGAAGGAGAAACCUCCGCCGCCGCCACCUAGGCCUUUUAAGACUCAUGGUAGAAGCUCAUCGUUGGAUUUGAACAAGUUGACCAAAGCCAAUGGUCCACCUGUGGUGCCCCCCAGAGUGAGCCCCAGCGGUCAACAAGUAAAAAAACUAACGAGUCAAAGAUCUGAGGGGGAUUGCGUUGUGCCUCUAGAAAAUCAGCCCUCUUUUGCCAACUUCAAGAAACUGGAACAAUAUGAAAACGUCCAGGUAGACGGCAUUUUCCCUGGAGACGUAUACGAAGCCGAAAGGAAAAAGUUGUUUGCCAAACUGUUUGCGAAAAACGACGAAGGGCCUAAAAGGCACGGAGCUUUCGAGGUUUAUAGGAAACCAACAAAAUUCGAUGAAGAUAAAUCACCUUUGGACCCGCUAGAAGAAGAACAAUGGGAAGAAUUCGAGCGGUUGCAAAUCGAAAACGCCGCCCUCUUGAGGACGUGCCAGGAAUUAAGUUUGGAAUUGGCCGAUGUGCGAGAGCACAAACACCGGCUCAGAGUAAAACUGGAAAGGUAUCUGGCCGUACAAAACGGCAACGAAUAAUCUCAAAAAAAAAUUUAAAGGUUGUUAUUAGGACUUUUGUCAAUUGGAAAAAACAGAAAAAUCUCUCUUGUUGAAAAAAUUUCUUCAAAAAUUCUUUUAUUAUGCCCGGUUUAUUCGUUUUGCUGCAGGAUAAAUUUGGCAUUCUAUGAUUCUAUUGGUGGGUAGGUAAUUGAUUGACCAAUGGGAUUACAGAUUGCAUAAUUGACAGUUUAUCAGAAGAUGAAUAAACAGGCCCUAAAUGUGAUAAAUAGGUUUUUAAUAAUCUUGCUUUAAUAGUGAGACAUUUUUGAAAAGAGAAAAAAACAGUAUUAAAGGCACUUUAAAUUGCGUCUAAUACUAUUUAAAAUACAAAUGGUAAUAUUCUUCUUUUAUUAAUUUUAAUUAUUUUUGUUCUUUUAUUAAUUAACUAAUAAUAAUAUGGCAUUUUGACUAGAUACAAUAUAAUUGCGUUUUUUUUUUCAUGUAAACAAACCCUUAACUAUUAUCACACUGAUAAACUAAAUUGCUUCCUUGAUAGGCCAUUAAUAUGAUUUUUCUUAAUUCUUCAGGACUUAAUUCCUUUAUGGAUGUUUGUUUGAGGUACUCAGCUUGUUGAUGAUGGCUUACUUGCGAUUUUUGUCCUCUUUCUCCAAAGUAUUUCCAGUUAAAAUAGAAUUUUCAACAUCUUCAGGCACCAUUAUUGCACAAAAAAAAAAUCCGUAUCGAUUAGUUAGUAAUUUAUCAGCAAAGAUAAUACUCCCUCAACUUCCCGACACAGACUCGUUCCCGAUGCGUGCCACAGCUGGCUUUUAU